UUGAGUGGCUAUAUAAGAAGAGGAAGAGAGUUGUGAAUUUUAGAAGUAUAUCGAUCCAAAAAAAAACCCAACCAAUCUACAUUUUCAGAUCCCUCACCACACAUUCACUUAAGAGAUCUAGCAGAGAUGGGAGAUGAGAAGAGAGGUAGCAUCGCCUUCUUCGCAACAUAUCGACCACCACUACCACUGGACAUAUACUCAUCCCCACUUUCUGUAAAAUCGAGGAAAGAAGAGCUUCACAUGACUGAUGGAGUUUCUUAUAAUUACAACGCACAAGUCAUUCCACCAGAUGCUCUCAAAAAAAUUCUCACUCGUCCCAAGUUGGCUUCUGAAGGCAUUACUGAGGCCGAUGUAGACUCAGGCCGGCUCUCAGCCAUGGUUUUCGUCUCUGAACGUGAUAACCUCGAAACACUUCACAUAGCUCUUCGCUUCAAUGAAAUAAACCAACCCAAAGUCAAAGUUUUUAGUGUUGCUGAUAUAUUUGGGACAUUCAACGGCAUUCGAAUGGAGGACAGUGGCUGCGUGGCUGGUGAUUAUCUUGUUUAUAUUACCACUAAGGAUGAUAUUGGCGUUCGUCGUCAACCAUGGACUGCUGUGUACAAAACUAAUCUUAUCACAGCCAAAACUGAAAGACUCACCCCAAAAGGGGAAGCUGACCUAAGUCCAUCAGUGUCACCAUCUGGAAAGAUGAUAGCAGUGGCAUCAUUCCAAAGAAAAGGCGGCUGGGAUGGCGAGAUUGAAGAUCUACAGACUGAUAUUUUUGUGAUGAACGUAGAGAAGCCUUUUGGUCGUAAGUAUGUUAUACAUAAUGGUGGGUGGCCGACUUGGGGAAGUGACAAUGUGAUAUUUUUCCAUCGUAAGGUUGGAGAGUAUUGGGGUGUGUUUAGAGCUGACAUAAACAAUUCUACUCCGACAUCGGAAUUCCCUCGUGUCACCCCAGAUGGAAUGGAUGCCAUAACUCCAGCAGCCAUCAACGCUACCACUGUGGUUGUCGCCACUAUUCGCCAAAAGUCUAAAUCAUUUAAUGAUGUUCGUGUAGAAGCACAGUAUCGCCACAUUGAGGUUUUCGAUUCAACGGGAGCACAACAACCCAUACAAAUUACUGUGAACACUAGACCAAAGGCUGACCACUAUAACCCCUUUGUUAUAGACAGUGGGAAGCGUAUUGGUUACCAUCGUUGCAAGAGUGACAUUUUAAAGAGUGGAGAUGAUAUCGAAAGACAAUUCCACAAGCUUGAAUCUCCACAUCCAGAAGUAGGAUUGUUUCGGAUUUCGGGAGUGUUUCCAACAUUUUCCCAAGACGGCUCAAAACUUGCAUUCGUUGACAAUGAGUUUAAGACUUUGUGGGUAGCCGAUAGUAAAGGAUUGCGUAAUGUUUACGAGACAAAAGGCCCCGAUAACAUCUUCGGACCAGUUUGGAACCAAGAUCCAAACAAAGAUGUGUUAUAUAUAUGCACGGGGCCAUCUUUCAACUUUAGCCAAAAGCUAAACAUUUGUGCAAUCCCAGAGGUAUCAAGUGAGAAACGACAUCGAAAACUACUCACAAGAAUUAGUAAUAAUGCCUUCCCAUCCACUAAUCCAGAUGGGACAAAAUUAGUAUUUCGAUCCAAUAGAGAUGCAGAAGAUAAAAAGCACAAGAAUCUAUACAUAAUGGAGGACGCAGAAUCUGGUGAGUUCGGAGAAGGCACAAUCACGAGGCUAACAAAUGGGCCUUGGGUUGACACGCAUUGCCAAUGGUCUCCAAGGGGAGAUUGGAUAGUUUUUUCUUCAACACGAGACAAACCAGAAGAUGCACCAGAGAAUGAUAAUGGUCUCGACCCAGGAUUCUUUGCUGUGUUUCUAGUGAAGGCAACUGACCCUUCGGUUGUUAUAAGAGUGUUGGGAAGUGGAGAUGAUCUUGCUGGACAUGUGAACCAUCCAUUCUUCAGUCCCGAUGGAAAGAGCAUUGUUGUGAUUGCAGACCUUGCUGGAGUGUCUGUUGAUCCUAUCUCUUUGCCUCUUUUCGUGCACUCUGUCAGGCCUUAUGGAGAUAUAUUCACUGUGGAUAUUGACCCAGAUGACAUUAAAAAAAACAAGAACGUCAAGAAAUUCACCCGUGUUACACAUAGUCGGUAUGAGAACUCCACUGCUAGUUGGACAAUGUUCUCAACUCAGGAUCCAAAAGCAUCAUGGAAUCUGCUUUUAAAGGAAGACCACACGCCAGCGUGCCCUUAUGCAUAUCCUGAUGGAGGUGAAAGUUGGCACAUGACCGGACACCUUUGCAUUCCAAAAAGAUGUUGUUGAUUAAUUGCUUCUGUAUUCGUGCAUGCAUGUGUGUGUGUGUGUGUUAUUUUAUCAUUUUCUAAUAAUAAGUUAUGCGUGUCAUAUUAUCAAUAUUUAAGUUUCAAUGUGUGCACUGCUUGUUUUGAAGCUUGGUAUAUAUACCAUGCAUCAAAAAUAAAUGUGUGGAUGUUUAUUCUAAAUAUGAAGUUUUUUUUUUAGUUCUUA